AUGACAGCAACGUCAGGCACGUCCCCACGUGCAUUACGCGCUGCUCGACGUGGAGAGGCGUUGCUGCUACACGAGCGGGAGCAUGAGGAGCUGGGGGGACGGGAGGAAAAUGCAGCACCCGAGGAGUUGGCGGCUGAUGCAGCUGAGGGUGAGGUAGCGGGAAUGGGUUCGGUGGGGGCUGCUGAGGCUGCUGAGUCUGAGGGGGCGCCACUGGCUGAGACGGAGGCAGGCGUCGCGGCUGGGGUGAAAUUGACGGUGAGGGAGGCGAUAACUGUGCCGGAGAUGGUGGGGGAAGGGACUGCUGAUGUGACUGCUGCCGCCUCUGACGACGGCUUAGCCUCGCCCUCGGCUGACCACCCGAAUGCGCCGGUGCUACCGGAGGAGCAGGGUCGGGCUGAGGAGGAGUCACGGACUGCGUGGGGAGACUCGCCGUCACCGCUCGUGGUAGCGGAGAUUGCGGCGGUCGUGGCCGAGGCAGUGAGGCGACCGGAGGGACCCCAGAGUGAAGAGGCUGCGCCGACUGCCGAUGCGUCCGCCGGAAUGACUGCUGCUGCCGCGGCCGCAAACAUGCGGGGGUGCGCCCAGGGGGGGAGCGGAAGACAGGGCCCCGGGACUGACGCCGCUGCUUGCGCCGCUCGCGGGAAGACGCGGCCAAAGGUCCGCGCCCAGCCAGCACCGAGGCGGCCUGGAGCAGGGCUGGGACCUGGCGCCCCGGGACCCCUCCUGGGCUGGCUGCGACAAGGGCAGCCGCCACAAGAGCCAAUGCGUCCGUCUCCAUCUUCCGCUCUGCCGGUGAUUGACGCCGAGGUGGACGAAGUUGAAGGACCCGCGGUGGCCGAACGCCGUGGAUGCCGGUCCGGCGCGGAGGAACUGUGGGUAGUACGAGACCACCGACGGGCAGAGGGAGAGGAGAGCGGGGGGGCGCAGGACGCGGCGGGCGCGGAGGACGUGGAGCCCGCGGGGGACAGACGAUCGUAG